AGACGAAAAACAUGGUUGGCGGCACUGCGAUUCUCCCUCCUGCCGUGGAUCAUUGUUGCUGUUUUGUGGCCGGUGUGUAGCUAGUUUACGUUUUUCAUUCUUGGUUGUUUCCUUCAAGUAGAACAAAUCCUCCGUGUUAUCACGAGUUUGACGUGACGGAUCUCGCUGAAGGAGACUCAUCGGUGCGGGUCUCUCGGCUGUGGCAGGGAAGAUGGAAAACUUGGAGGAGGUGCUGCAGGCGCUCGACGAGUUCCAGAAAAUGCGGCCGACAGAGAUACCGCGCGAGCUGGAGGACUAUUUGUGUUGGGUCGCCAAGACGGGCGACCCGGUGUAUCAGUGGCCGAUGAUCAAGACACUCUUCCGGGAGAAGCUGACCCGUGUGAUGACAGACUUCUACGAGAGCUGCCCGACGCUGGAGCUCGCGCCCUGUCCCAACGUCGAGCAUUUCAAUUACGACACGAUGAAGAGCAACCUCCUUGAGCGGCUGGAGUCGUUCGCUAACGCGCCUUUCACCGUCCAACGGAUAUGCGAGUUGCUGACCGCGCCGCGUAAAGAGUACAAUCGCGUGGACAAAUUCAUGCGCGCCAUCGAGAAGAACAUCCUGGUGGUCUCGACGCGCGAACCCGGCCCCAUAGCCAGACGCGGCGAGACAGGAGACGGCAUGGUGAACGGCUCUGUCGAGGAAGAGACGGCGUCGGUCACACAACAACAGCAACAACCCCCGCCACCGUCACCUCCACCGUCGCCUUCGCCAUCCCCGUCGCCGUCGCCGUCGCCGUCGCCGUCGCCGCAGACCACGCAGUCGGCACAGCCGACGACGCAGCCGAGCUCCCAGGACGUCGAUAUGGAAUACUGGGAGAAGGACUGCGCAUCAACCGUCACCAUCAGCGUGCACACCGUCGAGAACGAGGCGCCUCUCCUGCACACCGUCGUGCCAGGCACCGCCAACACCACCGGCGCCGGUGCGUUGGCGAAGAACCCCGUGUUCUCCGCAGACGAGACCACUCGGGAGAAGCUGGAACAGGCGGUCUCCAGGACGGAACAGCUCACGACGUCCAACUUUAUCAGCGCUACCUCGGAUUUCUCGGCGAUAUCGAACUUAACGUCGCAAGUGGAGCAGUCGCAUGAUGAGCCGGUCGUACCUGUGUCCACAGUCCCGGUUGUGCAGAGUCAACAGACACCCGUGGACACAAUAGUCGCCGAGGACUCGCCGGUCGGGAGUGCCGACGUAGCGGAAGCGAUUAUGAACGAGGACACUAGUUCCCAAGCCAGUUUAGACAUGGAGAGCGAGGAGGUGGACCCGACGACUACGGCGACUGUAGCGGCGACGACGUUAAGUACGACGACAACGACAACGACGACGACGACGACGACGACGACGACGAUAGCGACGGCGGCAACGACGACGACGACGACUACGACGGCGACGACGGCAACAACGACGACGACGACGACGGGAAGUACAUCGCCGUCGACGACAUCGGCGUCGACCACGUCGACGUCGUCGUCGUCACCUUCGGCGACGACCACAGUCACCGUGGUGGCCACGGUGAUACCCUUAACGACAGACACCACGCGAAACUUGCAGGCCGCUUUCCAGGCGAAACGCUUCGAGGCUGACGACAAUAACAAAUGCUCGGACAAACCGAACGACAAGACCACCACGUCAGCUGCGGCGCCGGCUGUCAUCGAGUCGGCGGGCAUCGUUCACCCCGUGAAGAGCGGCGAGCCCACGGAGACGAGCACCAGCAGCGAGUGCAGCGACGCGAAUGAGGAGAUGUCUCGCGACGAGAGCAGGUUGACGGAGAGUUUGCUGAAGAUGGACGUCGACAUGAAAGUCGCUUCGGCGGACGAGACCGGUACUGUCGUCGUCGAGAAUCGGAUCCCGAGUAAACUGCAGAAGGAGGAAGAAGAGGAGGAGGCGGAGGCGGCAGCCUCACCUCGUCUGGGCGACGUGGACGAGGAGAAUCCGCAUUGCCCAGACGGCGAGAGCAUGAAGAUCACGCAGAUGGUGUUCGUCGAGUCUCCGACCGCGGAGAAGGACAGUGCGGUCGCGUCCGACGAAUGCAUGAGCGCGGUCAUCGUGUCGUCCAGUGGCGAGACGCUGCACAAAACCGAGAAGACCGAGUCGCAGUCGAAGAGCGCGUGCACAACGGUGACCUCUCCCAAGAACAGUCGCCCGGCGCACGAACAGCCGGUCGGCCAGAAGAUGGAAGACAUGGAGGUGGCGACGGAUCAGCUGCUUGAGCCGAUUCCUAGAGUAGCAUCUUCCAAGGGCGACGAUCAGACGGCACUGGAGAUGGCAAGUGCCGAAUUCAACGGGGACGGCAUAAAGAUGAUGGAGAUCAGCAACGACAAGACGGCGUUCCACUCCAUGAUAGUGGAGGCCAGGAUCGCCGUGGAGAAGAUCGCCGCCAAGGAGGCGAGCGCGGCCGUGACCGAGAAGCUCGACUCGACCGUCGUCGAGAUGACCGACGGCUCGGAUGGUUCGAUCGCCGAGGUCGUUUGUAAGUCACCGUUGGAUGAUGCGCUGAUCCGCGCAGCAGGAGACGACGGUUUGACGAGUGCUGCUCCCAAGAGCAAGCAGUCGUCUGUAAUAGAGAGUACGGGCUGCAGGAAGGAGCCGCACGACCAAAUAGAGAUGAUGGAGGUGGACGACGAGGAGUCGACGCCGGCGUUCCAGCAGGACGAGCAGAUGGAGCACGAGACGAUGGACGAGUUGUCGAAGAGUUAAUCCAGAUUUGCCUAAUCCGGGCGCGUUUCGUCACUCUUUCCUCUCUCUGCUUUAACAUUUGAUAUCUAUUUUUCAACGUAGAUGUCGACGACACGCCAGCACCGGCCGCAUGAGCAUUCGAGCGAGCGAGGUCCUCUUGGCGACAGGAGCGCAGGAUGGCCAUGCGCGCCGGUUAGGAUUUGCGUGAACGUUCCAUCACCGAUCGGCGAGGACGUUUCAGCUGCGAGCGAGCGAGCGAGACGAACGAACGAAACGAGAUCCUCGACGUUGUCCGUCAUUCGAGCAUCUCGUUCGUUAUUCUUAAUUUAUUCCGGGUUUAUCGUCGGGUUCAUCGCCGGGUAAUAAGACUUAACGAGCGGGACUCCACACACACACACACACACACAUACA